CGACGGUCGGAGGUUUAUACACUCCUAAAUGAAAAAUUAUCAAAAUUGUUUCUAGAAUGUUCUUUUUCUUUUAAAAAUAUUUCCAAUUUUAUGACAAAAAUAAAAUGGGAAGAUUGGUCAAAGCAUUAAAAAUAGGUACAGUUAGUUAUUCGAAGGGGUUGCUUUUGCAAAAACAUUUUGCUGACUUACAUAAUAAGAAUUAUCCAACUAAUAGUAACGUUCUACUUUGUCUUGAGCAUCAUCCUGUAUAUACUACAGGGAUUAGAACAGAACAAUAUACAGAUUCAGAAGUUACCAAACUCAAACAAAAAGGAGCAGAAUUUUUCAGAGCAAACAGAGGUGGGCUGAUAACAUUCCAUGGGCCCGGACAACUUGUAGUUUACCCAAUAUUAGACCUAAGGCAAUUCAAUCCUAGUGUAAGGUGGUAUGUUUCCCAAAUCGAGAAAACGAUUAUCAAUUUAUGCCAAAAAUACGAAUUGAAAGCAGAAACCUCACCACAUACAGGAGUAUGGAUUGGUGAUGAAAAGAUUUGCGCCAUCGGCAUUCGUGGCAGUCGUUUCAUCACCACCCAUGGCCUAGCACUAAAUUGUUCAACCGAUUUGUCUUGGUUCGACCACAUUGUGCCAUGUGGUAUCGAAGGGAAAGGUGUAACCAGUCUGUCGAAGGAACUGAAUAGGACAGUUACAGUUGAGGAAGUGAUUCCGAAAUUUUUGGACAGUUUCGCUGAAGUAUUCGAAUGCGACGUUGACAGCUCUUGGAAGUUGGAGGUAGAAGAAAUUGUGCAAAACGUCGGUGUAUAGACUUCGUCAUAGAUAUCAUACAGGGGCGGAUCCAGGCGAUGUUUGAGGGCAGGGGGACAUAGGAAGUCACGGCUCAUUGAGUAUAGCAAAAAAGAAAGGGAAUUUCAUUGGUGCCUCUUGACAAGAUGUUUUUUUCGCCGGC